GGGGACAACCUCAACAACAGAGUGACGAGAAGGAAGCGUGGGGUCAAAAUGUCACUGGAUGAAGAAAGCUUAGAGACGGUCGCCAAUGGCGGCUCAAUGGACUAGUACGGGCAACAAUCGGUCAGUCUAUCUAUAUCAUGAUCGAGUGCUAAUAAUACCUCGUCCAGCGACAAAUGGCCCGGUAUGGUCGAGCCUCUCCUCGAGCGACUAGAACAUAAUGUAUACAACGCGUUCCCCAUGCCCAAAUUCCACGUCGAAACCCAACCACCAGCCGCGCAGCAACAGCCAUCCUCCUACUCGCAAGAACCCAACUCAGUGCCACCGAGCAGCAACAAAGAAAAUACUCCUCCAACAGAGACAGAGAACCCUUCACAGUCGACAAUACCCGCAUCAGCUGCCACGCCGCCUCCAUCUGGCGAGCGUGUGCCAGACUCCAAACCACAGUCAUUCGUUGAUUCCUCGACCGAUACCCUUCCCCAACCGCUUAUGUUAUUGCUGGAUUCCAUCAAGUCGACAUUAAAGACAUUUUUUGCAUCGAAGCCCCCGCACACCAUACAGAGACUCGCAGAACUAGUUCUCCGACCUAAUGCGCACUAUCGAACUCUGCCUGCGUACCUGCGCGCCGUCGACCGAGUCGUUUCCGUUACAAGUACCGCUGAUAUAUUUCCACUUCAAACAGAGCCCAGCGCCGGUCAGGUCAAUGGCGUCUUGAACGGAGGAGGGCAUAGUUUCAUGUUUCCAGAUCAUGCCCCAGGAAGUGAUGAGUCCCUGGGUGGCGCCCUGCUCACCCCGAUCCCUUGGUUGACCGGCGCAUCUUCCCCGGGCAACGAGGGUGGAAAUACUCUCAGUGAAGGUCUCGUCCCAGGCGAUUCAUUAUCAUUGGUCGCGCAAACAUCACAACCAGAGCAGGUGCAACAGCAGGUUCAGGGUGACAACGCUUCGGAUCCGACCGCACAAGGGCAGCCCUCAGAAACGACGGCAGAAAACGAGACUAUGGGCGAUCCCCCACGCUCGGGCCCGCCGAUCCUAGGAGUAGAGGAUAUGGGCCUGCAGGACGGCAAGGGAGUCGAGAUGACUUUGGCGCAGAACGCAAAUGCGCUUGCGGAUCGGUCGUCGGCACAGACCGAGCAACCUACUUCUACUGCUGAGGAACAAACCGAGAACCAGGAACCGGCGUCUCGGGCAAAUGCAGACAGCGAUGGGGAUAUCCAGCUUGACGAUGCGAAAGAGGCGGGGGAAUCUGCUCCUGCCGCAACAGCAACAGCGGCGGCGGCGGCUGAGGCCACUGAAACUCCCGAGGCGACACAGGACAAGAAUGUUUAGACGCGGUUUGCGUUGAUUGUGUUUCUUGGGCUUGCAUUGUUUCAUAUAAUGACGAUCAGGAAAUCUAUGAGCGACAGUCUACAGGUCAUAUAUUGACUAUUGGCCUUCAAUGAUGAAUGAUAUGAUGUGACUUUACUAUGUGCGAGUGCAAGGCUAUUCCAUGGAUUCAAAC